AUGGACGACCGAGAGGAGGACCACCCACGGAUAUCCGUUGAAUCAAUACAGGCUUGGAACACUGUUCGCAGUAAUUGCACGACCGCACUUUUGGCCCAGGUCGACGCCCAGCUUGAGGAAAUGAGCAUCUCUCAAUCUGAACGCGACGCCCUCAUCGCCCAUGUUCAACAAUUUAAGGAUGAGAUUUUCAACAUGGCGAAACCGAACGUGAGGGUCAACGGCCGCAAUCUUGAAGAUAUAGGCGAUGAGGAGGUUGCCGUUUUCGACGAAAGCUUGGAUAGACGGAUCUGGUCGCUCUCGGAGCAACGUAUGGACUUCGACCGAGAAGUCGCCACCAAACGCCGCACCCGGCCACAAGAGGUCGAGUCUCUGAUGCACGACCUCCUGCAACGACAGCGCGCCGCUGACGAGGAAGACGACCCAAAUGCUGAUGAUUUGAGGGAAGACCCCAGUGGGGAUAGCGGCCUGCCCGGUAGGAGGCCCUUCUGUCUUUUGUGUUUGACUUCGUUUUCGUCCAUUUCAGCGCCUCACGCUUUUCUCCGACCCGUACAGAUGAAAAGAUCCUUGCGGAAGCGCAAGCGAACAUGGCCGAAAUCGCGUCUUUGA